AUGAUGGCGAACUCUUUAAUUUCAAAGAUGAGCGCUCUGCGCAUAUCCCCAAUAAUUUUAACACAGCCGUCGCGUACUACAACAACUAAACAUUAUAUACCAAAGUUCAAGAAGCUCAGGGCUCAGAAAUACCUGAAGGUUGAAUUACCAGAUCCAAAUGAAGACUUUGGUUCACUCAGCUCUAGUAAGGUCAGGCAGAAGAUGAAGGAGCGCGGCAUUUUGCCGCCGAGACCUUGGAUGGAGCGACCCUUUUACAUUUCUGCUACGGGUGGUGUUUUUGAACCCUACGUUCCACCAGAAGGUGAUGGCAAAGCCUCUCUGGUCUCCCCCACACGUGCCAAGCAAGCUGUAGAACUUCUUGAAAAGAAAUCAAAGUCCAUGAUGGCGAUACGGAAAAUUAAAUCUUUUGAAGAGGAAUUUGAUCAAAAGGAGUUUGUUCUAAAAGCUCAAGACACUUAUAUAAAGGCUCACGAAAGUCUCGCAAACAAUGAUAAGAGGGCUCUGAGAACUUAUGUGACAGAAAAGGCAUAUCCGGAAUUCAGACAUAAUUCUCAUCAGAAAACUAUCAGGUGGAAGUUUAUUGAGUCGCUGGAGCCCCCCAGAGUGGUGCAUGCACGGUGCACUGAUGUUGUUAGCAAGGAGAAUAUAUUUGGACAGGUCACAGUACGCUUCCACACACGCCAACAGCUUGCAGUGUACGAUCGGUUCGGUCGCCUUCUACACGGCAGCGAGAUCUUAUCUAAAGAUGUUCUGGAAUACAUAGUCUUUGAGAAACAUCUGUCCAAUCUGUACGGAACUUGGCGUAUCCAUGAUAAGAUCAUCCCUGAUUGGACUCCACCCAAGGAACCUUCCAAGUUGACCAGGGUCAUGCCUGAACCAGAGCCAGAAGUUGUCAAAGUAGAAGGAACAGAGACAAAGGAGCCUGCACCUACGACCACAACACCAGAACUUACGGGGAAACCUGCGCCCGCUAUCGCUGAUAAAUGA